GCGAGUGAGUUUGGUAUGAGUAACCGCCAUCCCCACUUGAACGCUUCUUCUAUGAAUAACCAACCAAACCCCCACAUCCCUAAAACCUUUUCGAAAUCCUCCUCCAGUUGAAAAGUCGCCUUCCAUUCAUGGGCGUUCCGGCACCGGAGAUCGCGAAACAGCGCGCAAUCUGAUCAUGGCAUUUCUCAUCAAACUAGCUCUUUUCUUCAGGCGAUGGGCCUCGGAGCUCGACCGGCGGUUACUGCUGCUACUUCUCUUCCCCCUCUCCCUGCUUCUCAUAGCCUCUCUGCCUUCGUCCUCCUCCGCCGUCUUUGGUCACCUCCUGUCGAUCUUCGGCCGCUUCGAGCCGCUCCCAUCGGCUGAGUUGAAUCGGUCGAGAAUCGCUGUCUGUUUGGUAGGUGGGGCGCGGAGGUUCGAGCUCACGGGGCCCUCUAUUCUCCAGAGGAUUCUCAGAGCGUAUCCGAAUAGCGACCUCUUCCUCCACAGUCCUUUGGAUUCGAAUGCGUACAAGUUCUCGUUGCUCAGAGCCGCUCCUAGAAUCGCCUCCGUGAAAAUCUUUAAACCCGCGCCUAUCAACGCGACCGAGUCACAAACCCGAGUUCUCACGGCCGCCCACUCACCCAAUGGAAUUCAGGGCUUAUUACAAUAUUUUCAUUUGGUGGAAGGCUGCCUGGAAAUGAUUCAAGCACAUCAACUAAGAAACAACUUUACCUACGAUUGGAUCAUCCGGACCAGGGUUGAUGGAUACUGGUCCGCCCGCUUGCAGCCUGAACAUUUCAUUCCGGGCCGGUAUGUUGUUCCAUCCGGUUCAGCAUACAAUGGGUUGAAUGAUCGUUUCGGGGUCGGAGAUUGGAACACCUCUGUGGCGGCACUCUCGCGCCUCUCCUUGAUUCCCAAACUCGAUGCUGCCGGAUAUGAGCAGCUAAACUCAGAGGGUGCAUUCAAGGCCCAAUUGAUGACCCAUAAUAUUUCAUAUUUGACCCGUCGCAUCCCGUUCUGCGUUGUGACAGACCGUGAGUAUGAUUACCCCCCAGGCCGUUUCGAUGUCCCAGUAGCGGCCAUUUCUAGCCGGGGACCAUUGAGUGGAGCAAAAUGCAGGCCGUGCACUGCGGUUUGUACUGGGCCAUGUGUGGCCUUAGUGAUGGGCAGUCUUGACAAAGGUUGGAGCUGGACAGAUUGGGCUAGUGACUCGCUACAGCUAUGUGACGCCCACGCUGAUUGGGAGCACGGCUGGGAGAAUAUCUUUGACAGAGCCGCUGGCAAGAAGCUGGCUUCUGCCAGAAUGCGAGCCAAGGGCUUGGGUUUUGGACGAUGUGUUAACGACUUUGAGGUCAUGAAACAGAAAACGGCUUCAUGGCUUGCUCCUCCAGGUGCAGAGAUUUGCCGGCUCGGCUUACCAACUGUAUAAGGCCGCUUCAUUUUUUGUACAGGAGUUUCCUGAGCUGAAUUUCAUUUUUCACCGUCGUUUUUUGGUACACGUAAGCUGUGUAAGCUGUGUUGUUCCCGAGCUGAAUAUGCAUACUACUCGAUCAUACAAGUAGAGAGUAGCUGACUUACUCACUAAGCUAUUCAAUGCAUAAUUCCUGACCUAUACAAAUACUCGAUCAUAUCCUACAUCAUACAUAUUUAAGUCACC